AUGCCUCCCCGCAUGGAUAUAUAUCGACGCGGACGUCAACUCAACCGCCUCAGGGAGACUGGGCAUGUUCUGCUAAACAGCCUCCUACACAACGAUGACUUGCACUACUUUACAGUGUGCAGGCAGAUGUUUCCUGAUCCUCAUGAGGAACGAUAUCCAGCGGACUGGAUUAACAGCGACGAAAGCAAAUUGAGGAGAAUGCUUGGCUAUUGGCGUGAAAAGAUGCGAGAGAAAUACUGCUUCACGUCUGUCAAUGGAACAAGACAACUCAAUGCACGAGGUGGCCGCCGACGCUCUACCAGACUUAUGCGGCGCUCUGGCUACACAUACGCUGAAGACUCUGACCUUCCAAGUCCUCGGGAAGAAGAGAUAAACGAGUAUCUAAAGUCGGAGAGAGAAGCCAUGGGCGAUCACGAUUAUCACAAUGAAGGGGAGGGUGAAAUUGACUAUUCCGAAGACGAAAUCUGA